CCCCAUGUUCUUCUCGACGCAUUUUUUAUUUUCGGUAUUUUCUCUAUGAUUUAUGUUUCUCUCUAUAUAUGUAAUCCACCCAGACUACACACCACAUUUUUGUACAAUACUUUAUUAACUCAUAAUUAAGUAAUAUCACCCAUUUUCUCUCAAAGUCCAUUGCGCAUCACUGCUGCAAUCAUAACGCUCUGUCUCUCGCUCAUUCCCGACUAGUUGUGUUUUAAAAACGGUGGAAUACCUUUUGGAAUAUACAUUUUUUUUCGGGUUGUGUUCUGCUAUGACCUGAUUGUAUAUUAAUGGACUGACAGAAUCUGAAGGUUGGUCAUUUGAAAAUGAGAAGGCCGUUUCUUUUGGAUACAUUGUGGGCGUCGAAGUUUGGUGUCCCGACAUGGUGAAGCAAUAGUUGAGCGCACCAUGCAGUACUUUGACUUGAACCACCAGUAAUAUAUAGUGGGUGGAAACGGAGGGAUAAACGGGAGAAAAAGAGAAGUAUGGCCGUCUUUAAUAUGCUUGAGAAUGUGGAAGACCUCUAUGAGAUCGGAGAAGUACUUGGGAGUGGCCACUUUGGGCAGGUGAGGGAGGUGCGCGAGCGGGCCACGGGGUCUCGCUGGGCUGGGAAGUUCGUGAAGAUCAGGAAGUGCGCUAGCAGCCGGCUGGGCAUGGAGAGGAAGAAUGUGGAACGGGAGGUUGAGGUCCUGCAGGCCCUACAGCAUCCCAACAUCAUGGCCCUGAAGGAUGUGUUUGAGAGCCGGGCCGAGGUGGUGCUGGUGCUGGAGCUUAUUAGUGGAGGAGAGCUGUUUGACUUCAUUGCUGAGAAGGAGAACCUGACAGAGAGCGACGCCAUCGAGUUCAUGAAGCAGAUACUACUGGGCGUGGGCUUUAUGCACAACAAACAAAUAGGCCAUUUUGACCUGAAGCCGGAAAACAUCAUGCUGUCGGACAAGAUGGCACCAAACCCCGACAUUAAGAUCAUUGACUUUGGGCUGGCCCACUGCUUCCAGUCGGGGGAGGAGUACAGGUGCAUGAGUGGCACCCCCCAGUACAUUUCCCCUGAAGUGAUCAACAACGAACCUCUGAGCACAGCUGUGGACAUGUGGAGCAUCGGAGUGAUCACCUACAUACUACUGAGUGGUAUGUCCCCGUUCCAAGGGGACACGGACGAGGAGACACUGAGGAACAUUAUAGCCCUGAACUACAAGUUUGACGACCAUCACUUCAGCAUGACCAGCGCCAUGGCCAAAGACUUCAUCCAGAAGCUCUUUGUGAAAGAUCAGAAUGAGAGAAUGACCGCUGAGGAGUGUCUACACCACCCAUGGAUCAAGCCUCUGACAAGGAAACAGGUGGCCAACAGGAAUCGCUCCUCCAUCAACAUGAAGACCUUUAAGAAGUUCAAUGCCAAGAGGAAAUGGAAGAUGUCAUAUAACAUGGUAUGGGUGUGUAACAGGCUGCAUCGACUGAAGCUGCUUUGUAAGACCAGUGCACUGCCAGGCGAGGAACUGAGACAGUGUGAGAGUGACCAGGAGGACACCGAGACCAAGCCAGCCUCACUCAUUCGCCGGCGACUCAGCAACAGUUCAUAGACUCGACCACCAGGGGAGAGACAAAGCAUCAAGCUGCAGUGCACAGUUCCCUUUACAACCAAGCCUACAGUAUUUGCACUCCCCCUUUACCAGGCCUCGAGGGAGGGUAAGACCAAGACAGGCUGACACAAGAGCCGGGCACACAAGGAAUUUUCGGGAUCUAUGUCCCUACAUCAGACUUUUCCUUGAUGAAGUGGAAUAGAAUCUACGGCACAAGGCCCGUCAAGGCUCAACUUUAGGCUCAAUGAACUUCAGGUGGAUUGGAGGUAAUUCCAGUAAGAGCACAAGUAUAAAUGUGUGAUGGCUUGCGUGAGUGAGCAGUUAUUCAAUAAGGCUCUCGGUGGGGUAAAAUGUAAGAAAACCAAUCAUGACUUGUUUUUAGAGCUCUGCUCAGUAUUACUGUGGUUUAUUGCAUGUUUUUAUGGUGCUUUUGCAGUUGUAAAGGUCAACUGAAUAGCAGGCGGUGACAUUAUUGUUCUUAUGGGGAAGUUACUGAUUUGGGGAUGAACAGUACUGGAUUGCCAGGUAGGUCACCCGUGAUACAAGUCAGUAUUCGACGUCCAUCCAUGUCGGAGGAUGUCAGGAGGGGCAAUAUUAAUAUAUUAUAUUAUGUUAUAUACACAGUAUAAUAAUACAAUUAUACAAUAUAAUGCUAUAUAAUUAUAAAAUAUCUAGUGUCCUAAACAUGAUUACCAAGUACUCUCAUAUUGUAUGACGGACAAAUGUUUUAAGAUAACUGACCAGUAUAAAUAGCACAGCAAAUUAACUUUUAAAGGUUCUACUCCUAGAAAUAGGAUAACGAAUACAUUCUAAUUUUACUAAUCCAAUAAUGUCAUCCUGCAUACAGUAAAUACUCUGAACACUCCACGCUCUACUGCAGUGUUUCCCAACCCUGGUCCUCGAGCACCCCCAACAGCACCCAUUUGUAUUUUAACCCUGGACAAGCACACCUGUUUAAACUUGUCAACUAAUCAUCAAGCCCACACUGAGUUGAAUGAGGUUUGUUUGUUAUAGGCUACCACAAAACUGUUCUGUUUUGGGGUACCCAGGGUUGGAAACAUUGCUCUACUGAACUAGUACCGUUACUGAAGAUCAUACAUUGAUGCAUGACAAGUAACGUGACAUGAAUUAUCUUUUUGUGAGAACUAUAUACGUUUUCUGUUUCUCUAAGAAGUUUAAAAAUGUGUUUUCUUUGAUUAUAACCUUGUGAAAAUACCUUAAAUUGACUGUCAGUGUUAAGUGUGGUUAUUUUAAAUAAAGGUACAUUGUGGUCAA